AUGAGCACCGAGCACUUGAAGGAGGUGAUUUUUGACGAUGGUCCAAUUCUUCCUGAUGAGCCAUUUCAUCGGCGGUUUUGCUCAAAAAUUUCGUUGGAAACGUUUGAAAAUAUUUUUAUAGAUCUAAUAAAAACGCUUGGAAGAAGCGAAGAAGCCGAAAAAUUGAAUUUGAAAAAUUUGAAUCGAAAAUUUCUCGAGACUUUGGUUCAAGGGUGGCGAAAAUCUAAAGAGAAAAACAAUUCAACUGACGGGGAUUUUCAGUGUCUCUUGCUUAUCGUCGAAUUUUGCUUGUCAAAUGCUUUCGAAGCGCAUUUAACUUUCGAGAAUUUGAUCUCAGCACUUGGAUUUCAUACUGUACAGUUUUGGCGCCACACCGUACCCCAUAUUUUCGACUCGGAUUUGUCACGGGGAACAAAAUACAGAGACGCUUUACUUUUCUCCCUCACUUUAUACGAUGUAAACACGGGAAAGAGUCGAUUGAAAGAACUCUAUGCAGCCGUGCCUGGUAUCAGGAAAUCGCUGCUGGGAGUGAACGCGAAGCAAUUCGUCGAACGCUUUCAUCACUUACAAAAGAGAUUAAGUCGAAGCAGCUCAACGAAUAGCUUGCGAAACUCGGCCGAGAAUCUCAAUGGGACAGAAAUUUCAUCUUUCGAUAGUCAAACGCGGUCUCGACGAACCUCGGAAACCGAUGGGAACAACGACGAGAAUUCGACCGUUUUUCAAACGGGUGGACUCGCUGAUACGCAUUUUCAUCAACGUCUCGUCAACGUCUCGAACGCGCCACCCUUUUCGAUAAAAAAAGAAAAAAGUGGACAAUGGGAAAUUAAACAGGGUUCCGGUGGCUUAGUGGCUUGCGUGGAUCCGGUGAUGUCAAAAGAUCACGAAAAUGUUUGGUUGGCGAAUUUAGGAAUGAAUUUAUCAAAAAGAUCAUCAUCGUCGACUGCGCUCAGCACCGAGACGACCACUUGUUUAACGCCAGCCACCAACACUUUAGGAAUCCCGUUGAUAAAGCAAGCGAUUGGAGAGAUUCUUUUCCACGUGAUCGCUGAUGAUGACAAGCCAGAUCAAAGCCGCGACGCUGCGCAAAAGAAAGCAAAUGAGGAAAUGUCUCUUCUCGGUGUGCUCAAUAACUACAAUCGAGGCACGUACAAGUUGAAUCCGGUGGUUGUACAGGAAGAGGACUACAAUGUGUACUAUGGCGGAAUCUCGAAUGGCCUUCUUUGGCCCGUCCUUCACAAUUUACCUGAGUACAUCGUGAGUGACUACAAUAAUGUACAGACGCUUCGCGAUCAUUGGUGUGCUUAUGUGCGUGUGAAUUAUCAAUUCGCGAUUGAUGCGGUCAGAAAUAGUCGAGCACAGGAUUUCAUUUGGAUUCACGAUUAUCAUUUAAUGUUGACCGGAUUGAUUAUGCAGGGAAUGGACGAGAGUUUGGAGGUCGGUUUCUUUCUGCACAUUCCAUUCCAACCACCGGACACUUUCUUCACAAAAUAUUCCGUUGUCGGGUUGCCAUUGAUUCGCGGAUUGCUGCGAUUUACAAAAGUUGGUUUCCAAACGCACCGUGAUCGCGCAAAAUUCGUUCAAGUUAUCGAGAAAUAUUUGAGAGGAGUGCACACAGAAUACGAUAAAAUGAUGGAUAUUUUUACGGUAGUUCACGAGGGUUGGACUUGUUCGCUGGGCGUUUUCCCGGUAUCAAUCAAAAACGAUGAUUUUCUCAAGUUUGUGCCCCUUCCCGAGACGGAAACUUUAAGGAAAAAGUUCAGAGAAAAGAUUCUUGGCAAAAAUCCUCCCUCUGACUGCCGAUUUUUCUUCUCAGUUGAACGUUUCGAUUAUACAAAGGGAAUCAAAGAGAAACUGAUUGCGUAUCGAAGAUAUUUCGAGAAAUAUCCACAAAGAAUCGGGAAAGAUACACUAUGGCAGAUAGCGGUGACAAAUCGUCGAUCGGUUGACACUUAUCGAGUUUAUCAAGAUGAAUGUAUCGAGUUAGCGGAUGAGAUAAAUAAAGCAUUUAAAGAUGAGAAGAAACCCGAGUGGAAAGCGUUGAUCUUCGAGACGGAUGGUCUUCCCCGAGAGCAACUCGUGGCUGCUUAUCUAGCGAUGGACAUCGGCAUUGUGACCCCGAAAAAGGAUGGGAUGAAUUUAGUAGCCAAAGAGAUGUUGGUGGUGAAUCCAAAAGCGGGUAUAAUUCUAUCAUCGGGUGCCGGCUCAGAAGUCCAAUUCACGAUGGCUGGUUUAUAUGGAGAGGAAGAGAAAGAAAGAACGUACAAGAGAGUUUCCGAUUUGUACGAUGUUGAGAAAUACGCCGAUACAUUCUAUGAGGCGGCCAUCGAGUCACCGGAAAGCCGAGCCGCUCACGGGAAACGGCUAUCCGAGUUCAUCAAAGCGCACGAUAUUGAAAAAUGGAGUGCCGCUUUUCUUGACCCAAGUUGGACACAUCAAGUGAUUCGACCGACUCACUUAGAAACUCUUGACGAUUUCUUCUCAUUAAUGAUGAGAACGAGGAAUAUUCGGCGACAAAUCGUCGAUCGAGUUCUUAAAGGAAUUCCCGUUCGGUCACACUUCGCAAUAUCACUGAAAAAUGCUAAAGAUUCUCUUGAACAAUCCUGUGUGCCGAACACAAAGAAAUUGCUCCUUAAAUCGUCACCCGAUUCACCGGAGUUAGCCCAAUUCGGUAUCCAGGACGAGUUGUGCGAGUUCGAGAAAGAUUUAUCGUUUCUGCAGCACGUGCAAAGUGACGAGGUGGACAAUGUGGAGAGAUUCGUUGAGACACUUGUCACUUAUCAUCCAAAAUCGGCAUCGAUUUUCCGCGAAGAAGUCACCCGAGCGGUCGAUUUGCUCUACGAGGCCGAUCAUUUCCAUUAUUUCUUCACAGAUCGUGAGGGAACCCUAAAAAGCUACUCUUGCUCCUACGCUGCGUCCAUUCAACCCGCCUACUCCGGAGUGAUACAGUCUCAAUUCGCUCGACGUUGCGCUCAAACGUGCGCCAUUGUGACAACGGCUCCAUUGUUUCACAUCGGCAUUCUAGAUGUAUGCACGAUUCCGGAAGGCUACUAUUACUAUGGAGCGUCAGCCGGUCGCGAGUGGUUUAUCGAUCCGGGAAACCAGUUUAAAGACACUUCAAUCCCGGAGACACAUUUGGAAAUGCUCGAUAAAGUUUUCGACGGAAUCUCUCGGAUUCUUGAAGAGACCGAAUUUCGACCUUUCACCUGGGUCGGUUCCGGGUUGCAGAAGCACUGUGGUCACAUAACGAUCGCGUUGCAAGAUGUGUACAAAUCAGUGAAUGAGACAUUAUCAAAGAGGCUAUACGAGCAGGUCUCAAAAAUCGUGCACUCGGUGGACACGGAUGGGUCGAUUUUGUCUAUGAAAGAGACCGAGUUGGACUUGAAGAUUUAUUUGAAAGACAAUCUUGACGGAAAAACGUUUAAUAAAGGGGAUGGGAUUCGACUGUUGUGCUCCACGAUGCAUUGUGAUUUGAAAGAAGGGAACAUUUUGGUGUGCGGUGACUCGGAAACGGAUCUCCCAAUGUUAUCCGAAUGUCUUUCUUCGUCGAAUCCCUCAAACGUUUUCACUAUUUGGGUGACACAGAAUCAAGAUCUCAAAGAUAAGGUGACUGAUUUGUGUCAAUUGCACAAAAAUAAGAAUUUCGCGUUUGUUUCAUGUCCAGAGGUUCUUUUGGGCGCAAUGGCGCAGGCGACAAUUCGGGAGAUUCAAAUCGCACGUCCAAAGGAGUACGGUGGUCGG